GUGACACGCGCCAGGCUGGGCGCCGAGCUGCGCGGUCGGGCCGGGCCGGGCCGGGCUGCGGCUCCCCCGGUUUACCAUGUCCCGGCGCGACGGAGCGAGGAGCGGCAGCGGCCUGAAGCGGCACCGGAGCCGCAGCGAGUCGACGUCGUCGUUGCCCGGAGGCAGCCCCGCCGGCUCCAGCAGCCGAGGCCACGAGCGGAAGGAGCAGAAGAGGAAGAAGCGGGAAGUGCAGCAGAUCCAGCAGAUCCAGCACCUGGAGUCCUUCUAUGAGAAACUUCCUCCAGGGUUUAUUAAGGAAGAUGAGACUAAACCGGAAGACUGCAUUCCUGACGUACCUGGCAAUGAAAAUGCCCGAGAAUUCCUUGCCCACGCCCCAACCAAAGGGCUUUGGAUGCCAUUGGGGAAGGAGGUCAAAGUUAUGCAAUGCUGGAGAUGUAAACGUUAUGGACACAGAACGGGAGACAAAGAAUGCCCCUUCUUCAUUAAAGGCAACCAGAAGCUAGAACAAUUCAGAGUAGCACACGAAGACCCCAUGUAUGAUAUUAUAAGGGAAAAUAAACGCCAUGAGAAGGAAAUGCGGAUACAACAGUUGAAGCAGCUGCUAGAGGAUUCCACUUCGGAUGAAGACAGCAGCAGCAGCAGCUCCAGCUCCAGCUCUUCAGGAUAUAAAGGAAAACACAAGAAAAAGAGAAAGAGGAAAGAAAAGAGGAAGAAAAAGAGAAAGCACAAAUCUUCUAAACCAAGCAAGAGGUCCAAACUGCAUUGAGGAUACUUGUGGCGAGCUUGCAAUAUCUUACGAACCAUUCAGAGAACAAUUCUCUGCAAAGGGCGUGUUUUAGGUGCUCCUUGGUGUCAUUUUGUGAGUUGCCCUAUCAGGUCUCCCCCACUGUCCCUCCACAUUGCAUUUUUCUCAUUGUUCAGGUUUGACAAAGUUUGGUACUUUGAGAACAGAGGGCUGCACCUGAGAUAAAGAGCCUCUGGUGUCUAAGUGUUAUUCUCUCCAUCCCCUGCAACUUCCCUUUUUGGCAGUUCUUGGGCACUAUUGCCCCCCCCCCCCAAUUUUCUUUUUAGCCUUCUGGGAGGUCAAAAAUUAAAUUAGAAUUUUCAGGCAGGGGGAAGCUGCCAGUGGAGAAGUUAGCCACAUAGCUCCCAAGGCGUAUAGAAGCGCCCCGUGGUAUUUUCUUGGAGAAUAUGGAGAAAGGGAUUCCUUUAGUGACAUGUAAACAAGGCCUCUGUCAUUCUGCACAGCCAAUACCUGGGCUUUGUUGAAAGAAGACUAACAAGGAAUGACUCUGGCCACUCAGUUUCUGAGGCACACAAUGGGAAAAAUCAAGAGAACUACAAAGGAACUUGGUGUGAAGUUACUUCACUCAAAUUGCCUGUACUGUAGUUGACUUUUUAUUAUUCUACAGAACAGUGUGAUUAAACAGAGAUUACAGUAUUGUGGAAACUGGUUUGUUUUCUGCCAUUGGAGGAAAUGUCUUCAUGACUGCAGUUGGACCUCGAUGUAAACAUUUUUGCUUUAACUUAAUGCUAGCCUGUAAAAUCGGUGACCCACUCAGCCAAAUGCAGUCCAGCAGCCUUAUAUGACAGAACACGAGGGGCUCUUCAAAUCUCCUGUUUGGGCCGUCUGCUUGGAACUGUAGCAGAAGGGGUUGUCAAGCAAUGGAACGGGGUUGGUGGUCUGCAUUCAGGUUGCAGGAUCACAAGCUGUAGAGAACCAGAUUUAAAGCUCUCUGUCCCAUGUGAUUUAUGGUACAGUUUUGUUUUGUCUGAUAAUUCCAUACUUGAAAGUGUAGUGUAUAUGAUGUAGCCACAACAAGCCUUUUCGUUUACAGGGCAAAAUGAUGCAAAUCUUGCAUAUGAUGCUAUCUUGCAAGCAGUAGUUUUAAAGAGGUGUGCUUCAUACCAAAAGCAUACAACAGGAUUGGCAUUACUGCAAUUGAAAUCUAGACUUAAAUUUCAGUUGCGCCUUUUCCUGCAAAUAUCAUUAUGCAGAGCACAUAAAAAUAGUUCUGCUGCCCUAUGGAACUGAAACCUUAAGCGUUAAAAACAAUCUUGCUACUAUGUUUUAAAAAUAAUAAGCAGCAAACAGGUUGACUGCUAGAAAGAUUGCUUGAAAAGCUAAACAUUGCCUGUAAAAUAAGUUAGCAAGAUAUAUUCUUUUGGAAUAUGUUUGUGAAGUGGUUAUAACCAGAAUAUACUUUUACGUAGCAUCCCUAGACCAUAAAUUCAGGUUCUCUUUUGUUAAAAAAACCAGAAGAGAAACCUUAUAAGGGUAGAAACGUUAAUAUUGUUGCAGCCGAUUUCUCAAAUAAAAAACUCAUUCACCUUA